AUGCCACGACAGGGCUCAGUCCCGGGCUGUCAGUCUCCACUUUCUACGAGCUCCUGCGCGCUCCGAUCCAGUCCUGCAGCCUGUAGGGGAAUGCUGUUGUUGCUGCUCUGCGUCGCGUCCACCGCGCUUCCACGAUUUAUCAGAGCAGAUGCUUGCGAGGACGUGAGUAUGCAGGAGACUGUGUCAGUAGGCCAGCCUACGGCUUUUAACUGCAUAUACCCUCUGCCAACAUCUGGGAAGGUAGAUGCAACGUGGUAUAAAUAUCCUAGAAAAAUCCCAAUAUCCAGUAACAUACAGUCUAGAAUCCACCAGGACCAAAAUUGGAUUUUGUUUCUCCCUGUGAAAAGGGUGGACUCUGGGAUCUACCACUGUAAUACAAAUGAUACAAACAUCUGUCCCAGAAUGCAAGUCAACCUCACUGUAUUUAAAAAACAUUGGUGUGGUACUUCCGGAAACAGUCAACCGAAUGUUCCAGAUGAGUACAAACAGAUUUUAUAUGUUGGAAAAGAUGACAUUCUUAUAUGUCAUCUGAACUUCCCAAACAGUUUUGAUUUGGAUUCAGUAAAGUGGUAUAAGGACUGUAAAGAGAUUGAAGGAGAACGAUUUAUUUCUCGGAGAAGAAAGCUUUUAGUGAAGAAUGUCUCAGUAGAGGAUGGAGGGAACUACGCGUGUCAAGCCAGGCUCACAUAUGCAAAGAAGCAGCACACUGUUUUAAAUAGCAUUUCUGUGAGCAUCACAGGAAAAGUGGGAAAUGGAAGAAGAAUCCCUAAGAUCAUUUAUCCAAAAAAUAAUACAAUUGAAGUAAAACUUGGCUCCAGCCUCAUCGUGGACUGCAAUAUAACAGACACAUGGGGUAACACAAACCCGCGCUGCUGGAGGGUCAAUAACACAUUGGUCGAUUUUUACUACAAGGAAUCCAAACGGAUUCAAGAAGGAAUUGAAAACUACACUGUUUUUCAAGGACAUAUUUUUUACACAAUGAACAUAACCUUCUUAGAAGUGAAAAUGGAAGAUUAUGGCCACCCUUUCACAUGCCAUGCUGGAGUGUCUGCAGCUUACAUCAUCCUAAAACUCCCAGUUCCAGAUUUUCGAGCUUACUUGAUAGGAGGGCUUCUUGUCUUGACCAGCGUGGUGGUGUCUGCUGUGUGUAUCUACAACAUUUUUAAGAUCGACAUUGUACUUUGGUAUCGAAGUGCCUUCCAUUCUGCAGGGCCCAUAGAAGAUGGGAAGCUGUAUGAUGCAUACGUCUUAUACCCCAAGCCUCUAAGAGAAAGCCAGAGCCAUGAUGUGGACACUCUGGUGUUGAAGAUUCUCCCCGAGGUGCUGGAGAGGCAGUGUGGAUACAAGUUAUUUAUAUUUGGCAGGGAUGACUUUGCUGGACAAGCUGUGGUCAAUGUCAUUGAUGAAAAUAUUAAGCUGUGCAGAAGACUGAUCAUCAUCAUAGUUCCGGAAGUGCUGAGCCUUGACCUACUAAGGAACAUGUCCGAAGAACAAAUCGCAGUCUACAAUGUUCUCAUCCAGGACGGGAUAGAGGUCAUCCUGAUUGAACUGGAGAAGGUCAAGGACUAUACAACCUUGCCAGAGUCCAUUCAGUACAUCAAACAGAAGCAUGGGGCCGUCCAGUGGAGUGGGGACUUCACAGAGCAGUCACAGUGUGCCAAGACCAAGUUCUGGAAAAAAGUGAGGUAUCACAUGCCACCCCAAAGGUGCCCACCUUCUCCUCCCGUCCAGCUGCUAAAGCACACGCCCGUCGACCUCAUGGACAGCAAGUGGGAGGCCAACGUGGGGUUCAUCACCCCGUGAUGGAGAGUUGGUCGUCGUGCGGUGGCUCACAGUUAAAUCGGGAUGCAUUGCAUUUGGGCCGUUCGCUUGAAGCUUACGG